GUCAGGAUCCGCCUUCUCGGCUGCACCCGUUGCGGAGGAGGUGGAUUUCAGGCUUCCCGUAGAGUGGAAGAAUCUGCUCAAAACCGCCUGCCUUGCAGGGCCUGGGCCGGCGGGAGCGGCGCCACGAGAGGCCGGCUUCCGGCGCGACAUCGCGGGGCAGGCAGCCACAGCCCGAGAGCAGGGCCGAGCUGGGAGCGCGAGCCCGCGACCGCCGUUCCCAGGGCGUCUGCGGGCGCGAGCACGUCGCGACCCUGCAGUGCGCCGGGGCGUGGGGCGGGACGAGGGCGGGGUCUCGCCUGCACAAAUAGGACUGAGGGGGCGGGUGGCCAAAAUUUCGCGCCAAACUGGCGGGUAAUCCCCGUGUCAGUGUGAUGUGCUAGCUCGGAAGUGUUUUCUGCAGCUAUCAUGGUUCGUCCGCUAAACUGCAUCGUCGCUGUGUCCCAGAACAUGGGCAUCGGCAAGAACGGGGACCUGCCCUGGCCCCCGCUCAGGAAUGAAUACAGGUAUUUCCAAAGAAUGACCACAACCUCUUCAGUAGAAGGUAAACAGAAUUUGGUGAUUAUGGGUAGGAAAACCUGGUUCUCCAUUCCAGAGAAGAAUCGACCUUUAAAGGACAGAAUUAAUAUAGUUCUCAGUAGAGAACUCAAGGAACCUCCACAGGGAGCUCAUUUUCUUGCCAAAAGUCUGGAUGGUGCCUUAAAACUUAUUGAGCAACCAGAAUUAACAAAUACAGUGGACAUGGUCUGGAUAGUGGGAGGCAGUUCUGUUUAUAAGGAAGCCAUGAACAAGCCGGGCCAUCUUAGACUAUUUGUGACAAGGAUCAUGCAGGAAUUUGAAAGUGACACAUUUUUUCCAGAAAUUGAUUUGGAAAAAUAUAAACUUAUCCCAGAAUAUCCAGGUGUUCCUUCUGAUGUCCAGGAGGAGAAAGGCAUUAAGUACAAAUUUGAAGUAUAUGAAAAGAACAAUUAAUAUGAAAGUGUUUUCUGAUCUAUUUCAAGCCUCCUCCUCCCCCCAAAAAAAUUAUGUAUUUUUUGUUGUAGAGACUUUUGUUGACUUUAGAUCUGUGGAUAAUUAUUUCUAAGCAAAGCACUUUUAUUCCCCAUUAAUCUUAACUAGACUGUAUCAGAUA